GCGGAAUUCAUAUUGAGAAAAGUCUACAGAAAUCUAUUAUAAAAAGAACACCUUUACCCUUUACCUUCACACCAAUCCUAGCACAUGGCUUCUCUCUCGCCUCAACCAACCCUCAUUACCACCAAGACGGUGGCUGGCACCACCAAUCCCACCUUUUCUUUCUCUUCUUCCUUUCCAAAAAGGCCUCAGCUUUCUAAACCUGGAAAGCGGAGCCACCACCUUGGUGCUAGAGUGGUAUGCAAAGCCACCAAUGGUGACCAAAAAGAUGGACACCCUCUUCAAGGGAAAUUCGAUAGGAGAGAUAUGCUCAUUGGCCUUGGAGGCCUCUACGGUGCUGCCAAUCUUUACAGUGACCCGUUUGCCUUGGCAGCUCCGGUGUCGGCGCCGGACCUUACACAAUGUGGCCAGGCAGACUUGCCUGCCGGAGCAAAACCAACCAAUUGCUGCCCACCAGCAUCCACAAAGAUCUUAGACUUUAAGCUACCUUCCCAAAACGCUCCCUUGCGUGUUAGGCCUGCAGCUCAUUUGGCUGACAAGGAAUACAUAGCCAAAUACAACAAAGCCAUUGAGCUCAUGAAAGCUCUCCCCGCCGACGACCCACGAAAUUUCAUGCAACAAGCCAACGUUCAUUGCGCCUAUUGCGACGGCGCGUACCACCAAGUCGGCUUGCCAGACCUCGAUCUCCAAGUUCACAACUCCUGGCUCUUCUUUCCCUUCCAUCGUUACUACUUGUACUUCUAUGAGAAGAUCUUGGGAAAGUUGAUCGGCGAUCCCACCUUCGCCUUGCCAUUCUGGAACUGGGAUUCCCCUGCUGGCAUGCAAAUGCCAGCCUUGUUUGCUAAUCCCAAGUCAGCUCUCUACGACAGCCUCCGCAACGCCAAUCACCAGCCGCCGACUCUUCUCGACCUUGACUACAACGGCACCGACGAGGCAUCGACAACUAAAGACCAGCUCUCCAGCAAUCUCAACAUCAUGUACCGGCAAAUGGUGUCCAACGGCAAAAACGCCCAGCUGUUCCUCGGCAGCCCUUACCGGGCCGGAGAUGAACCCGACCCGGGUUUUGGCUCAAUCGAGAACAUUCCUCACGGUCCCGUGCACAUAUGGUGCGGCGACACCACCCAGCCUAAUUUGGAGGACAUGGGGAACUUCUACUCCGCCGCCAGAGAUCCCAUCUUUUUCGCUCACCACUCCAACGUUGACCGAAUGUGGACCAUCUGGAAGACGCUGGGAGGGAAACGAAAAGAUUACACAGACUCCGAUUGGUUAAACGCCGGGUUUAUCUUCUACGACGAAAACGCUCAGCCUGUUCGUGUUAAGGUAAAGGACUGCCUUGACCAAAGCAAACUGGGUUAUAAAUAUCAAGAUGUGGAUAUUCCAUGGCUCAAAUCUAAGCCAACUCCACGCAAAUCUAAGCUCAAGAAAGUAGCCAAGUUUUUGCAUUUAGGACAUGGGGAUGUAGCACUCGCCGCUGAAACAUCGCCAAGUGUCAAGUUUCCGUUCGUUUUGGACAAGCCGAUAAGCACUGUGGUGGCUAGGCCGAGGAAAUCGAGGAGUCGGAAAGAGAAGGAUGACGAGGAGGAAGUGUUGGUGAUUGGGAGCAUCGAGUUUGAGAGAGAUGCGCCGCUCAAGUUUGACGUUUAUAUUAACGAUGAGGACGACGUUCCAAGCGGGCCGGACAAGUCGGAGUUUGCAGGGAGUUUUGUGAACGUGCCACAUAAGCACAAGCAUGGGAAGAAGUUGAACACCAUCUUGAGGUUGGGGAUCUCAGACUUGUUGGAGGAUUUGGAAGCUGAAGAUGAUGACACCGUGGUGGUGACUUUGGUGCCUCGGUAUGGCAAAGGGCUAGCCACCAUUGGUGGGAUCAAGAUUGAGCUUAGUUCUUGAGCUUUCAGAUUUCAACAAUAACAAUUGAACCGUUGUUGUGCUUCUGUUUUUUCUCCAUUAUCAUCAUGAUCAACUCCUGUUCUUUUGAGUUCUUACCCUCGAUUGUCUAUGUUGUGCGACAAUUGAGGAAUUUUUCUACUUUUAGCCAUCAAACUUUUUUGUUCAAUAAUUGUUUGUAUAUUUUGCUUUUACUUUUCUUCUCACCUUCUUUCUAAGGUUAUCAAUGUCUAAAAUAAGUAACGUGUCACUCAUGUGGCACGUCUGAAAGGCACUCAUGCCAUCAGACUUUGGUAAUUAAGUAAUACUGUUGUGAGUUUUUUUUUU